CACACACAUACAAGUAAUAAAAAAAAGAAAGAUAAAAAGAAGUGGCAUAUCAAAUCACUUUUUCAGUUUUUUUGUAAUCCACUUCUUUUUUCAACAUUUGUAUGUCUAUCUUCAUAUGCUAUGUCUGUAUGACAGGUGUGGACAUUGAUAUCAAUAUCCCUCAUUAGAUGAAUUAAACAAUUAAAGUAAUGAAAAGAAAGAUAAAAACUAAGAGGUUGAGAGAAGUGGCAUAUCAAUAAAACUAAGCGUUCACAAUAAAAAAUAAAGGACAAAUGGAGCUACCUUUUUUUUAUUGAUUUGCUACUUUUAUGUAUGGUAUGCCACUUGUGAUUUGUCUGUAUGGCAGGUGAUUGUGGGAAAUCAUCUAAAUAGCCGAAUCCAUUGUGUAACAAAACCAUGAUUUAUUUUAAUAACAAGCAGAAUCAAAAACAAAGGUAACCCACAUUUUUUAUAGGACAAUAACUUACUGAUGGAUUUGACUUUCAUUAGUUUUGAUAAUGUAAACAUUUUUAAAUGUAUUUGUUGUCUAUGCUCUAGUUCGUAUGACAACAACAACCUCUUACCUUUUUUUGAGUAGCCCUUUGAUAGUUGACAAAGAUUCAGCCACGGUUCAUCGAGUAGAACAAAUUGACCAAAAAAAUCAACUUAACUGUUUCAAGUCAUUCCCAUGUUAAGUUAUACAGUAUGUGAGAGUGAAAGUAGUAUAAUGAAAAUAAGGGAGGGGCCCCUCAGUGUAUAGAGCCAAGGUGACCACUGUUUUUAAUAUAACUUGUUUAAUGGUUGCAAAAUAACAGCAGCAGCCUAUUUUCUUCCCAUUACAGCUCGGUCACAAAACCGUUUGGCUUCAUCAAGGAUAACGCUUUUAAAUGUCACCAAAUGAAUUAUUCAUCCUCUCGGAGUCCUGGAGCUCUGCUGGGGUCUGGCAUGAGUCACUGCCCCCCCUCUCACCCCCCCUCUCCACCAGCAGGGCUCGCACGCCCAAUUUCACUGCAGCCGCCUGCGUCUUGUUGAAUGAUAUCCAUCUGUGCUGAGCCGGAGAACCUUCUGUUAGCCAGUAAGCUGAAGGGGGCUGCGGUGAAGCUGGCGGACUUCGGCCUGGCCAUCGAGGUGCAGGGAGACCAGCAGGCCUGGUUCGGUUUUGCCGGUACACCAGGCUACCUGUCUCCAGAGGUGCUGAGGAAAGAUCCGUACGGCAUGCCAGUGGACAUGUGGGCCUGUGGUGUGAUCCUCUACAUCCUCCUGGUUGGAUAUCCUCCAUUCUGGGAUGAGGACCAGCACAGACUCUACCAACAGAUUAAAGCUGGAGCUUAUGAUUUCCCCUCUCCUGAGUGGGACACAGUGACUCCAGAGGCCAAAGACCUGAUCAACAAGAUGCUGACCAUCAACCCCGCCAAGAGAGUGACAGCGACAGACGCACUCAAACACCCCUGGAUCUGCCAACGCUCCACUGUGGCGUCCAUGAUGCACAGACAGGAGACUGUGGAGUGCCUGAAGAAGUUCAACGCUAGGAGGAAACUCAAGGGGGCCAUUCUGACUACGAUGCUGGCCACUCGCAACUUCUCAGCAGCCAAGAGCCUGCUGAACAAAAAAGCAGAUGGAGUCAAAAUCAACAACAAGACCAAUGUGGUCACCAGCCCCAAAGAGCCCGCCCCCACUCCUUCUCUGGAGCCUCAAACCACUGUUAUCCACAACCCGGCUGAUGGAAACAAGGAGUCCAGUGAGAGCGCCAACACCACCAUCGAGGACGAGGAUGUGAGAGCUCGUAAGCAGGAGAUCAUUAAAGUCACCGAGCAGCUGAUCGAAGCCAUCAACAAUGGAGACCUGGAAACAUACACGAAGAUCUGUGAUCCGGGGCUCACUUCCUUUGAGCCCGAGGCCCUGGGGAACCUGGUGGAGGGAACCGACUUCCACCGCUUCUACUUUGAGAACGCUCUGUCCAAGGCCAAGCAGCCGGUCCACACCAUCCUGCUGAACCCCCACGUCCACCUGAUCGGGGACGAGGCGGCCUGCAUCGCCUACAUCCGCCUCACCCAGUACAUCGACGGCAACCGCAUGCCCCGCACCAUGCAGUCCGAGGAGACCCGCAUCUGGCACCGCCGCGACAGCAAGUGGCAGAACAUCCACUUCCACCGCUCCGGCUCGCCCACCGUGCCCACCAAUUGAAAGGACCGUCUCUGACCACAGACACCCUCCAGCCUACGACCAUCAGCUGAACAGCCCCCCCCCCCUGCCACGUCCAAACAGAUCCCUCAGCCAACCCCCCCACCAUAGCUAGAGCUCCGCCCCCUCAGUGUGUUGUUUACAUAUGGUCACUGCUGGACUGAACAUAUUGCACAUGUUGAAAAGGAACAAACAGUCUUGAUAAUGUUGUAGUGAGGUUGUGUGGUGUUCAUUACAGGACUUUUUUAGAUCAGUAGGUUUUAAAUAGAGGUGGUUUUCAGAAGAGCCCCCCCCCCUAGUAACUUUAAAUUAAACAUGUGAAACUUCCAGUCAUCGUAUGUUGACAGUUUUUCAUUUGAAUAUUGCACAUAUUGAGGACUCAUAUGAUGUUUUUGCCUUUUGGCACAAUGACCAAUAUAUCACAUAUCUGCUUUUGACUUGUGUAUCUUUUCAGAAUUGCCAUCUAUUAAAGGUCAGGCACAUGCUUGCUUUAGUUUUGGUAUUUAUACGUUUUGGUAAUGAAGUAAAUCGCUCUUUGCUUAAUCUUUAGCAGUGUCCACAUUUUACAAAUCAGUUUUCUGGUUUGCCACUGGCACCAAAUAUGUUUACUGGGAAUUUUAAGUACAUGUUUAAAAGGGAAAAUCAAUGAAAGCGUGUUUUAUUGUGUCUGUUUGAACCUCCAUCAUCACAAGGCAGCCGUGAGAAGAGUCUCUUAUGAUAGAAUGUAUCAACUGCAUACAUAUCAUUCUUACUAUGACUCUUUCCAGUCAAAUCAUAUUUUCAUACAGUAAGGAAAUAAUGAUGUGAAUUCUAUCAGCUAUUUUGUUGUGUUUACUUUUGAUAUUGUGAUGUAAAUGCCUGUCCCUUCACCUCUCAUUAUACAAGCUUUCCUUGAAGCCCUUUCAACCUGUAUUCUAGGUCCGACUGGUGCACGCCAACAAUUUCAAGCACCAUGUUUUACACUGGACAAGAAUCAAGUAGAAAUGCUGUUGACACUGACAGGAAAGCCAGCUUCAACUGAGAGCUUUGGUUUGGAAGUUAGUCAGGCAUUCAUUUCCAUCAGGAGGGACAUGUAUUGUAAGCCAGAAUGACUGAGGUGUAAAUCAGCAUUCUAGUUCUUUGUUAUUUUUAGUGUCACUGUCAAAUCAAAUGGACACAGGGAUUGUAGGCAACACUUCACGAUUGAUCAACACGAUUCAUAUAUUAAGGUUCAUCAUUGAAAAUACUUCAGAAUAAAAGCAUGGGUAACAGUCACAUGGUGUUCACGUGUGAUUAUGUUUGUGUUGAGGAUAUUAACAUGUUUUCCUGUUUGCAUUCCUUACUUUAAUCACAUCUCACACAACACACUUCUUAUCUUUCUAAAGUGCAUUUACACUGGCACUGGUUAUAUAAUGUUACCAUGAUGGGACAAGCCUGGUGUAUGUUUUAGAAAUAUCAAAUAAAAUGUGUGAUUUAUGCCAAA